GUUUGUUUUUGUUAACAGUCGUAACUAAGCGAUAGUGUCUAAUGUCUGACCAGGUUGGGAGAAGAACUUUGAUGGAAGAUUCUUUGGUUAAGCACACUACGGCAUGGCAACGACAAACUUGAGUCUCUCUGAUCAAUUUCUGGAGGAUAAUUUCUUCCAUGAAGAUGAAUUCGCUGCAUUUCAAAAGAACACAUCUUAUCCAUUUGAUGAUCUCUGUAGAAAAACUUUGCAGGACAUUGAGAUUUCCAUAAAUAGCAGUCCCAUCCAGUGUAAUCCUUUAACUGAAGAGGUCUGCUGGCAUGAUCUCAGUGAUAGUUCAGACAGUGGGGUUCAUGGUGUUACUCUUAAACCGGAGCCUUUGUCACCACACUCUAACAGUUCAGAUGGAUCUGCUAAUGAUCUGGCUAUCAAACAAGAACCAUUGUCCCCUUCUUCAACACCUGGCUCUGAUUCUGGCAUAGAAAGUUAUAAACCCAUAAAUGACCAGUUUCAUUACCAUUCUGAUCUAAAGUCGGAAUCAAAAGAUUUUGUCCUCUCUUUUGUAAAUCAGGCUAAUGUCAAUGUUGCAAAUUCUGUAAUCAACCCUGGCGUUGGCUCAAAUCUGACUAACCCUUCAGUCAUGCCAGUCAUACAGAGAAAUCUUCUUCCCACUCAGCCGGUCACCUGUCUCACCUCAAUUCCUUCACCAACACUAACAUCAUCUAACAUUAGCACCAUUGUAAACUCUAAAGUGAAGAUUAAACCAAGAAUGUCCGAUGGCCAGAAUCCUUUGACUAUUUCCAAGACCAAUGGUGAAUGCUGGCCCACCUCGGUACCACCGCAGACUGCAUCCAAUGGAAUCUCAGUACCAAACUACCAAGUUUGUUCUUCAACAGAUCUUCAGCCACAGAAUGAUGCAACUACAGUUACAUCUGAAUUUAUUGACAUGAAUGGCACCAACCCUUUGCAUUCCAACCUAAAUAACAGUUUCAAAGCAUUAAAACGACAACAGAGAAUGAUCAAAAACAGAGAAUCAGCCAGUUUAUCACGGAAACGGAAGAAAGAGUAUCUCCAAAACUUGGAAGCAACUUUAAAUGAAUUCACCAAACAGAAUGAUGAACUUCAAAAAGAAAAUCAAAAACUGAAAACCAAAAUUUUCCUACUUGAAUCUGAGAAUGCCAAACUGAAGAAAUGUGUUCCUGUGUUAAGUAGCAAAAAGACAUUCCUUUUGACUAUAGUUCUCAUGUUAACAAUGAGAUUGGGACCACUCAGUUACUUUUCUCUCAAAGACUCAAGUACUGUAGAAAAUUUAAAAAAUGAAUUCAGCAUGCCACUUGGUCGGCAUCUAUUGUCAUUUGGUGAUAAAUAUGGUGGCAAGUUACUACAAGAAGCUUUGUCUUCAAAGUGGACAGAUAGAAUGAGCAAAGUAGGACCCAGUAGUGAUGUUCUCUUUGAACACCCACCAUUCCUUGCAAAUAAUACAGACUCUAAAAGACAGAAAUGUUCAAGUGAGUUCAACAAAACAGAAUCAAUCAGAAUUGCUCGAGAUCUCUCAGACUGGAUGCUGUUACUUGAACAGCAGAAGAAAAAAAAUACUUUAAAGAAACCUGCUUUCAAAAAGAACAACCACAACCAUGAAACAGUGUUUCAGUUCAAGAAAUUCUCAAACAAUGGUCACUUUGAGGCCUGGCAAAAGCUCAAAUCUGACUACCAAAAAUAUGAACUGCUUCCUUUUGAAAAUGGUCCCAGAAAUAAGAAGGAUUACCUUAGAAAUAUUCCUCGAAGAAAUGAUACAUUCUAUGUGUUAUCUUUAAGUAUGGAUCACUUUCUACUCCCUGCAACUGCGCACAAUAAAACUAUGCGACCUCGGAUGUCCAUGAUGAUGCCAGCAUUAGCCCUCAAUGAUUCUGUGCACCGUCCGGACGGAAGUAUUGGACUGAUUCAAAUUGACUGUGAAGUUGUCAGCACCCAACUUAUACACGUUCACGAUAAGUACGAGGCAAGAAACCAAUUACAACCAAAUGGCUCUCAUUCUGUUCACACCAACAGCAAACCAACAAAACACAAGAGAAAAGUAUAAGAGCAAAUCUUUUGGGACUCAUAUUUUUUUAUUUAUUCAUAUUUAUUGUUUGGGGAUAUUUUCACCUUGGUAACUGUUUCUAUGAGUUAGCAGAGUAACGUGGAUGUUGACAGAAACUCUAGUUAUACAUUAUACAUUCAGACACGUAUACUUCUUUAUAAUACACAAUAUACAUUGGUUUCAUAUCAUUAUGGCGUGAGUUGUUACAAUAUGGGGUUGAAACCUUGCGGGAGCAACUACGCAAGUGUAUUGAGUGGAUGUACAUACUUGAGGUACGCAUUCGACAGGCUCAGGAGGAGAGUUUAUUGAGUGGUGGUAAAAUAUAUCAGAGAGGGAGCAUAGUGUUCAUUCAUAACUAAGAGAGAGAGAGAGAAAUAUGACCUUCAGUUGCUGUUUAGAAUAUGUGUGUGUGUGUGUGUGUAUACAUGUAUAGAAGUUAGUCUACACACCUGUGUGUGUAUACAAGUCAUUUUGUAUAUGCAUUGUUGUGUAUAUACUACUGGUUCUGUAUGUUGGGGCAAGCAUGGCUGUGUUAUUAAGAAGCUUGCUUUGCAACCACGGGGUUUCAGGGUUGGUCCCACUGUGUAACACUUUAGGCAAAUUUCUUCUAUAACCCCAGGCUAAUCAUUGCCUUGUGAGUGAAUUUGGUGGAUGGAAACUGUGCAGAAGACUGUCAUAUGUAUAUGUGUGUGUGUGUAUCUCAGUGUUUGUACCCCACCACACCACCUGUUGGUUUGUUUAUGUCCCUCGUAAUUUAGCAGUUUAGCUAAAGAGACCAAUAAAAUGAAUACCAGGUUUAAAAAAUAAGCCUUACAAGUCAGUGCCCCAGCUUGGCCACAGUCCAGUGACUGAAACAAGUAAAAGAUGUACAUAUAUGUGUAUGUUUGUGUGUGUGUAUUUAUACAAGUGAGUCUAUAUAGACAAGUGUGUAUACAAAUGUUUUGUGAGAAUUCAACAGUUAAACAUGCUUCUAAUAGAAGUGUGAGGAAUUUUUCUUCUCCAUGUAGAAAUGCAUGUUGAAUGAUAUAUUCUUUCUGUGUAAAAGGAGCCAUGUUCUCUCCAAGUACAUGUAGGAAGAUCUGUUCUGUUGGCAACAACACAUGUAGCAAAAAUGGUCUUCAAGCAGCAUAGUACGUGUGGAAUUGUCUGUUGUUUGAGUUGCAGCAGUUGAUGUAGAAUGGUCCUUUGUGUUGGCGAAAGCAUGAAUAAGGAGUGCCCUGUUUUGUGUGCAACACAAUACAUGUAAUCAAGGCUGUGUCUUUGAAAAACAGCAUUUGUAGAAAGAGCUGUCGCUAAUUAUGUAUGCAUGUUGAUAUCACACACUAUUCACUUAGUGAAAGAGAAUGAAUUCAGCCAUGAAAAUCAUCUGACAAGAGGCCAAAAUGGCUUCACUGCAAUUCGAGAAUGAAAAAAGCUUGCAGGCUGUGUAAUGCAUUGAAAUAUCUUUUGCUCUCCUGAUAGCUUUCUUGGAGUUUUGACUGAAAAUAAACACUUUCACCACUCUU